AUGGUUGUUGAUACCACAUAUUACGAUUUAUUAAACAUUGAAACGACAGCAACUUCGCUUGAAAUCAAAAAAGCAUAUCGUAAAGCAGCAAUUAGAUUACAUCCUGAUAAGAAUCCCGACGAUCCAGAUGCAGCUGCAAAAUUUCAAGAAGUUGGAGAAGCUUAUCAAGUAUUGAGUGAUGAUUCAUUGAGAGCCAAAUAUGAUAAAUUUGGUAAACAGGAAUCAAUUCCACAAGAAGGUUUUGAAGAUCCGGCCGAGUUUUUUUCAAUGAUUUUUGGUGGCGAGGCAUUUAAAGAUUGGAUUGGUGAAUUAAGUUUAUUGCUGGAAUUGUCUAAAUCUGCAGAAUUGUCUGGAUAUGGAGAAGAAGGUAAUGAGAAACAAGAGACUAAUACAGAUGAUAAACAAGAUGGCAAGGCAUCCACCUCACAAUCUGAAACUGAACACACUACCGUACAACAAGAAGAAUCUAAGGUUAACUCAACAUCAGGUGAAACACUUUAUUUAGCACAUGAAUCACAUACAGGAAACGAACUUAGUCAAAAGGAAGCAGAAGAGAAGAAACGUAAAGAAGAACUUGAGAAAUUUGAAGAAGAAUGUAGAAUUAAAAAACUCGAGACUAGAAAAGAAUUGAGUGACAAGUUGAUAAAUAAAGUAUCUUUGUUCACAGAAACUGAUAUGAAAGACGAUGUUGUUGAAUCAUUUAAGGCAAAGAUAAGAUACGAAGCUGAAUCACUUAAGAUGGAAAGUUUUGGGUUGGAAAUUUUACAUACAAUUGGGCAUAUUUAUAAGACUAAAUCAAAAAUCUUUUUAAAAAAUCAAACAUUUUUUGGAUGGGGUGGAUUCUGGACCUCCGUAAAGGAAAAAGGUGGAGUUGUCAAAGAUACAUUUAAAACUGUUUCAGCCGCAUUAGAUGCUCAAAGGACAUUGGAAGAAUAUACCCAAAUGCAACAAGAUAACGAGUAUCAUGCCAAAAAGGAAGCUGAAGAAGAGGAAGCUAAGAAGAAAGCCAAUGAAGAAGUUACUAAAUUGGAACAUGAAUUAGAACAAGUUAAGAAAGAACAAGAAGAAGCCAGAGCCCAAGAGCAACAACAUCAACAAGAAGAAGAAGGCAAGUCAUCCACUGCAGAUGGCGAGACUACAGAUAAGAAAGAAGAAGUCAAAGAACCUGCUAAACAUAGUGCGGAAGAUUUGGCUGAAAUGGAAAAGUAUCUUAUGGGCAAAGUUUUGGCAGCUGCAUGGAACGGCUCUAAGUUUGAAAUUCAAGGUACUGUACGUGGUGUUUGUGAUAAUAUUUUGGACGACAAAGAAGUUCCACUUGAAACAAGAAUAGCUCGUGCAAAGGCACUCAAACUAAUAGGUGAAGUGUUUGUUUCAAUUACAAGAACCGAAGAUGAAGCAGAAGAGGCAAGAGUUUUCGAAGAAUUGGUUGCUGAAGCUAGUAAGAAAAGAGAAAAGAAGAAGAAAACCGAACCUCAACCAGAAGAAUCCGAAACAAACAAGCCAUCUGAAUAG